AUGAAAUUUUCAAAAUUUUUCAUUCAGACCAUCGCUUUAACUAGCGUUGCUUCGGAAACGAUCCGUGAAGCAAUAAUCGGCCGCUGGGAGCUGAUCGAUUCCGACAAUGUCGCUGAAUACAUUGACAACGAAAAAGGCGGGAUGAUGUAUACAAUUUUCGCGAAAAAGAUGAAACCGGAUGUUGAAUACAUCAAACUUGCUGAAAACUCAUAUCUCGCGAAAAUUUAUUUGUCAAUUUCGCCAUUUCCGAUCAAGAUUCCGCUGCGUUUAGAUGAAGAAUACAAGCACAAGAACCCAACGGACGAGUCAGUUAAGUCUGUUCCCGAGGUUACCCAGAACGAGAUGGAAAUCAUUCUUCAAACAAAAGGUGGUUCCGAAGGGCCCGUCGAGCAGAGUCUUAAAAUUAUGGACGGGAAGCUAAUUCAUCGAAUGAAGAUGUUAGACAAGAAUAUUACGGCUACUAGAAUUUACAAGCGGAAAAAUGCCAAAAGAUAA